GCGCGGCGGCGGCUCCCGCGCUCCGGUAACGGGCGGCACGCGCGGAACGGCGGCCCCGGCCCGCGCCACGGUGCCCUUCAAGCAUGGAACGGCUGCAAUAAGAUCUUCCCGUGUGCGGCGAUGUAGCGUCUCCAAGAGAGGAGUGUGGGGCCCAUGGCGGGGGCCGUGCGCAUCGGGGACCAGCUCAUUCUGGAGGAAGACUACAACGAAUCCUAUGUUCCUAAGGAGCAAGAAAUCCGGGAUUUUGCACCGAUAAUCGGGAUUGACCCCGACAGGGAGUCGGAGCUGCUGUGGUUGGCCAAGGAGUGCCUGGUGGCCCCGCUGCCCCCUGAGUGGAAAGCCUGCCAAGAUACCAACGGUGAAAUCUAUUUCUUCAACUUUGUGAAUGGCCACUCCACGUGGGAGCACCCCUGUGAUGAGCACUACAGGCAGCUGGUCAUCCGGGAGAGGGAGAAGCUGCUGGCACGGGGCCUCUUGAGUAAGGAAAAGAAGGAGAAGAAAGAGAAGAAGCAGAAGAAGGAAAAGAAAGAAAAGAAGAAGGAAAAGAAGGAGAAGCAGUUCCUGAAGCAGCUCCCUCCCCCAGGCUCCCAGCUGGCACCCAUCCAGCCUCCCCUGGGCACCCUCUCUCCUCUCCGUGGCCUCACACCAUCCUCAUCCAUCAUCUUCCGUGGCUCCCUGGACCUGGACAUGGGGAGUGUGACMGACUCCAACCUCAUCCCCAGGGCAGGAGCUCAGCUUGCACACAUCUCUGAGCCCACCAGCCACACCAAGAACCUGCUGGACUUGAUCUGUGAAGAGAAGAGGWCCUUGAACAUGGCAGUGCCAGAGAAAUGGAGAAAUGAAGAGGAAGAAAGCGAAAACGAGAGUUUCCAUGGGCCGUCAAGGCUGUUAAAAAACGUGUACCUGGAUGUUGAAGCCUUGGGAGGCAGUUUGGACUUUGAGCUCUCCAAGGCAUCCGGGGGCAGUGGCUGUGAGCAGGACUCGCCCAUCUCCAAAUGCAUUCAGCCUGUGGAUUUGGAGUUGAAGAGCCAGCUUUCCGAGGAGGUUCUGGACGUGGGGACUGUGUCUCCUGACUUGGACAGCACCGAGUGCAAGGCCCAGGAGCUGGAAGAAGAGGAAAAAGACCCAAGCAAAGCCAGYGUGGAGGAAGAGCAAAGCAAAGGAGCAGCAGCUGCAGAGAGGCAACCUGAGAAGGAAAUCGAGCAGUCCUUGAACCAGCUUAAUGAUGAAUCCCUGGAGGAAAUAGUCAAGGAGAUGGAAGCAGAGCUGGAGCAAGAGGAAAUGCAUUUAUUUCCAACAAAGGAGAAAAUUCAGCAAUUCCAGGAGGAGAUGAGGCAGCAGGAGGAGGAGGAGGAGGAACCUGAAAAGCUUCAUCAGCAAGAAGAAAAACCCCUCAGCACUGCAGAAGAGGCUUUGGCAGAAUCUGAGGAGGAAGAGGAAGAGUUGCCUGUCAGAGAGGGAAUAGCAGAGAGGCUGGAAAAGCUGCAAGCUGUGAUUGCCUCUGAGAUCGAGGUGGAGGAGCAGAGGAUGAGGGCAGAGCAGGAGGCCACGCUGCAGGAGCUGAGGGAAGCGUGGGAUUCCCAGCAGCUGAUGGAGAGGAAGAGCCUGGAGAGGCAGCAGGAGCUGGCCUUGAAGGAAAUGAAGCUGGAAAUGGAGGAAGCACGGCGGAGGGAGAUGAGUGAGCUGGAAAAAGAGAAGGAACAGUUCCUGAGCGAGCUCAGGGAGAGGUUGGACAGGGAGAAGAAGAAGGCAGCAGAGGAGCUGCAGGAACAGUUUGCCAGGGAACUCGAGGAGCUGAAGUCUGCAGCGGAAGAGAAGCAUCGUGAGGUCAUGGGCAGCCUGCGAGCCCAACUGGCUCAGGAACAGGGCAGGCAGGAGGCCCAGCUGCGGGAGGAGCUGCAGGGAGCGGAUCAGAGAGUGCAGCACACGGCUUAUCARCUGCAGGAGUACGAGAGAGAGCUCAGUGAGCUCAUGAGUGAGAAACGCCGGGAAGUGGAAAAAGAGCAUGAGAGGAGGAUGGAGAGGAUGCGAGAGGAGCACCGGCAGGCGCUGGCGCGGGUUCRGGAGCAGUACGAGGAGGAGGAGCGCAAGCAGAGGGCAGAGCUGCUGGAGGGGCUGCGCACUGAGACGGCGCGGCUGCGGCAGCUCCACGACACCGAGGUGAAAACGCUGCAGGCGGAGCUGGACGGGAGGCUCAGCGCCCUGCACAGGGAGAAGGAAAGGAAACUCCAGGACUCAGAGAAGGAGCUUGAAAUGCGCACCAAGAACAUCCAGGCCAGGUCAGAGCARCUCCUCAGCCAGGAGGAGGCCCUGAGGAGGAGGAGGCAGCAGCUGCUGGAUGAGGAAGGGCGGAUGAUGCUCCAGAGAGAUGAGGCUGCUCUGGCCUCUCAGCUGCGCCUGGARGAGAGCAGGAAGGAGCAUUCCAGCCUCCUGGAGUCCAUCUGGCAGCUCAGGAAGGUCCUGGAGGAGCUGCAGGACCGCAAGACGGAGCUGGAGGCUCAGGUGGACUUGGUGCAGACCCGAAGCCAGAGGCUGCAGAAACGCAUCGGUGAGCUGGAGGAAGCAAUCAGGAGCAAGCAGGAGGCUCUGAAAGAACUGGAGGCAGAAGAAAGUCUGGAAUCUCCAAGAAAGAAAGAUGAGCUCCGAGUUGAAGACCUGAGAGAAACUGUUCAAGCUCACUCGUCCAAAGAGCCUUCCCCAUCCUCCCAGCGCCCYGAGGAAAGCGCCUUCCAGUUUGACCAUGUCCAGAGCUAUAUCUCAGCGGAGGAGGCGUCGGUGCGCAGCGCCAAGGAGUUCCUGCUGCGCCAGACGCGCUCCCUGCGCAAGCGGCGCUCGGCGCUCAAGGCUGCCAGCCUGCAGUGGCGCCGGGACCUGCGCAGGGCACAGGAGGCCGUGCAGGACCCCGACAGCUCCCAGCUCCUGGAGGGGAUGCGCCGCAACCUGGAGGAGGU